AAAAAGAGGUAUUUUCCUUAUUUUUGAUAACUGGGGUUAUACCCCUACCAACAUCCGUUAAUCUUGAUGCUUAGGAAAACAUUAAUUCCAUUUUCACCCAAAUAUCUUUUCGAUGCUAGUUUAUAUAGUUUUUUCUACUUAGGUAGAUUAUACUAUCAUUCAGUUUACCAUGACAACAAAGAUUGACUUUAGCACUGCCUUUAAGCACUAAAAAUUAGGUCUUCUUUCUUCUAAAGAUAUACUCGUAGUAGGUUCCCAAUGAGACAAGAGAGCAGCUUAGCACGAGGGCUAAGCGACUCUGUUACUUCGAGAGGCCGGAGGUUCAUAGGUAUCUGGCUCCCAAUCUUUGAUUUUGACAAGGGACCCUGCAAAGGGGAAGAGAAAAAUUCCGGAAAGAUCUAAGCAUAUUGUAGAUUUCAAGGCUUUAUUUGAUGUCCACCAUGACAGGGAGCUGGACCCCAAAGCUUCAUCCUUGAUUCCUGCUUGUUUCUAGCCGCCGUCCUUUAUCUUGAUCAGUAGGCGGAGCAUGAAGUUUGUGCCGUAUGAGCUGAUAAACUGGAAAAAAAGAUGGACUCCUUAGAAAACUAACGCGCAGCUCUCUAAAGGAAGCUGGGAGAAGUUAAGAAGGAGAUGAACAAAAGGUUUUGAGGCUCUAGUUGCUAGGGACGCUCUUUAAUAGCUGAUGUUAUCAGACUCACUAACGAUUUAGAGCAAGCCAGGAAAAAAAAAUAAUAAAUAAAUAAUACUGUUUAUAUUGCUAGAACUGAUACUGAGCUUCUACAUCUUGAAAGGAGCUUCAAUUUGAUAAGAAUGAACAGUUUGCUUUGUCCAAAGACAUUGAUCAGUGAAAAGUGAAAAUAUCUUACUUCUUAAUCAGUUGGAGAAUAUCGAGAUGAAAUUGACUCUCUUGGAGUUUAGCCCUAUAGAAGUAAACUGAAGUUUAUGGAAGAGUCUAUGUAAGAUGAAGGAAACAAGGUUCUUGAGAUUGCUGAGAGUUUCAUCUUGAAUAGGAGAUUUGAAUUUUUUGGAGGAUAGCAAAUUUGAUGAAGGACAAAGAAGAGGAUAGCAAAAAAGGGAGGGAGAACCAGAGAGAAGGAGGAAAGAAACCGAAGAAGCAAUAGAAAUUCAGGGGGUAAGGGGAAGGGAGAGGAUGGAGACGCCACAACCAAUUUCAAUAAUUCAUAUUCAUCCAAACUAAUGAGAUCUUCAUCUCUAGACCUACUGAAGAACGUGGAAGUGAAAGCCAUAAUAGGACCCCCGUAUUCAGUGCAAGCAAACUUCCUGAUUGAUCUUGGAUACAAAGCUCAAGUUCCCAUCAUCUCAUAUGCAGCGACAAGUCCUUCUCUUUCAUCAAUUCGGAGUCCAUACUUUAUUCGUGUAACUCAAAAGGAUUCAUACCAAGUAAAUGCAAUUACUGCAAUUGUUCAAGCAUUUGGAUGGAGAAAAGUAGUGCCUAUCUAUGUCGAUAAUGAGUUUGGAAAAGGGAUCAUACCUUUUCUGACAGAUGCUCUGGAUAAUGUCAAUGCUCGUGUUCCUUACAGAAGUGUAAUUCCUUCCAUGGCCACAGAUGAUCAAAUUGUUGCAGAGCUUUACAAGCUGAUGACGAUGCAAACUCGGGUUUUCAUUGUCCACAUGCUGACCUCUCUUGGAUCCCGGCUGUUCACCAAAGCAAAACAACUUGGAAUGAUGAGUGAAGACUACGCAUGGAUUAUAACUGAUGGCAUCACAAAUGAUAUGAAUUCAAUGGAUACUUCUGUCAUAGAGUCUAUGCUAGGUGUAAUAGGUGUAAAACCUUACGUUCCAAAAACGAAAGAGCUUCACGAGUUUACCACUCGAAGGCAGCGAAGAAAUCUAAUUUUGAAUCCUGAAUUAAACAUAUUUGGGCUAUGGGCUUAUGAUUCUGUAACAGCACUGGCCAUGGCAACAGAGAAGGCGAGACUUACAAAUGAUAAGUUUCAAAUGUUUAAUGUUCCUAGAAAUGCAACGGACCUCGAAAGGUUUGGAAUCUCUAAAGAUGGUCCGGAGCUCCUCCAAGCACUAUCAAAUACCACAUUCAAAGGCCUUGCUGGAAAUUUUCAAUUGCUUGAUGGGCAACUCCAGUCAUCUCCUUAUGAGAUAGUUAAUCUAGUUGGGCAUGGGGCUAGAGUUGUAGGAUAUUGGACAAAAGAAACUGGAAUUGUUAAAGAACUGAAUUCCUCAAAUACAAAGGCAUAUUCCACUUCCAAGAACAAUUAUGGAUCGAUUAUAUGGCCUGGUGACACAACUUCACCACCCAAGGGUUGGAAGAUCCCUACCAAUGGAAAGAAGUUAAGAAUAGGAGUACCUGUGAAGGAUGGUUUCUCUGAAUUCCUUCAAGUUUCUUGGAAUUCUGCCUCUAACUCCACAGAAGUGAAAGGAUACUGCAUAGAUGUCUUUGAUGCAGUAAUGGCAAAAUUGCCAUAUGGCAUACCAUAUGAAUACAUUCCAUUUGCAACACCUGACCACGAGAGUGCUGGUAGUUACAAUGAUUUGGUCUAUCAAGUGUACCUUGGAAACUACGAUACUGCAGUUGGAGAUGUAACAAUUAUAGCGAAUAGAUCUCAGUAUGUGGAUUUUACUCUGCCGUAUACAGAAUCUGGUGUUUCAAUGGUUGUGCCAAUCAAGGUUAGCAAGGGGAAAAAUGCUUGGGCAUUUUUGAAGCCAUUGUCGUGGGAACUUUGGUUGACAACCUUUUGUUCUUUUGUCUUCAUCGGAUUUUUUAUUUGGCUUCUUGAACAUCGAGUAAAUGAAGAUUUCAGGGGGCCACCUUCACAUCAAGUUGGCAUGAUAUUCUGGUUUGCCUUCUCAACCAUGGUCUUUGCACAUAUGGAGAAGAUAAAAAACAACUUGGCUAGGUUUGUGCUGAUCAUCUGUUUCUUGGUGGUUCUUAUACUUAUCCAAAGUUACACUGCCAGUCUAACAUCAACGUUGACAGUUCAUCAACUCCUGCCAACUGUUACGGAUGUAAAUCAGCUUCUUAAGAACAAAAAAUAUGUGGGAUAUCAACAGGGCUCGUUUGUUUAUGAUCUUCUAAAACGAAUGAAUUUUGACGAAUCUAGACUUGUACAAUACAAGUCUCUAGAGGCUUGUGAUGAACUUUUCUCAAAAGGGAGUGGAAAUGGUGGCAUCGCUGCUGCUUUCGAUGAGAUACCAUUUAUGAAGCUUUUCCUCGCCAAAUAUUGCUCAAAGUAUACCAUGGUUGGGCCAACAUAUAAGACUGAUGGUUUUGCUUUUGUUUUCCCUAUGGGUUCUCCUCUAGUAGCCGACGUCUCAAGAGCAAUAUUAAAUGUGACAGAGGGAGAGAAGAUGACGGAAAUCGAAAGAGCGUGGUUUGGGGGAAAAAGUAGAUGCCCAGAUUCUUACACCUCACUUUUUUCCGACACCAACAGCCUCGGUCUUGAGAGCUUUUGGGGACUUUUUUUAAUAGCCGGACUAGCAGCAUUUUUGGCUCUUAUAAUCUAUGUCAUUUCGUUUCUACAUGAACACUGGACUGUCUUACGAUGCACUGAUCGCGAUUCCUCAAUAUGGAGCAAAAUAGUAAAGCUGCGUCGACUUUUUGACGAUAAACAUCUCAGUUUUCAUAGCAGGAACAUUGAACUGACUGGAAGAAACAUCUGUGAUGGUGAGUGUACGGACAGAUUGAAGAAAGUCUCAUCACAUGGUAAUUUCCCACAAAUUCCCCAAAGCCUUUAUUUAAAUAAUUCUCCACAAGUGCAAGUGAAUCCGGUGGAAAAUAUGAUGAUAGACUCGCAAGCAGAAAUAGUUGAAGUGGUUGAACCUGAAAUUGAGCUUGUGAAUCUAAAUCAAAAUUCGCAAAGGACUGAAGGAUCCACAAAUGAAAAUCAUUGAGUUGGUGUAUAUUUCUUUAUCUUAGCCAAUGGAUGAUUAAUUGCCAUCUCGUAUUUAAACGGGAAGUCUCAUGAAUGUAAAAACAUACAUUAUCAUUACUAAUAGUAAUAGACGUGGGAAUU